CGCACGCGCACUCCCUUUGUGAAGCAGUCUGAGAUCCAAGCGCAGCUGCCUGAUACUCACGCUGUCGCGGACCAAAGAAACCCGCAGCGCAGGAAUCCCGCAAAGAACACCGGAUAGACGGGACCAUCACGAAGAAUCCUCCUUCCGAUUCAAGCUCAAUAUGUCGGUUGGAAACUAAAACUAUCUGUACCUGGGCCAUCACAUUUGAAGUUCCUUGUAAUGGUCGAGAUGAAGACCUUGGAAGACGAGAGCGGUGGCGUGCAAUAUGAUGUCGACAACACGGGUAGUUAUCAGCAGCAACAACAACAGCAGCAGCAACAGAACAAACCAAAUCUACCGCCGCAACCAAGGGACUUUGUGGACGGGUUUCUGACGAGCAUUAACCAAGACCUUCUGGUCGCUAAGACGUUUUACUUUUUCUUCUUCUCAGCGUUUGGGUCACUUUUCCCACUACUCGCCGUGUACUUCAAACAAAUGGGUAUGAAUGCCACACAAAGCGGGAUCCUAAUUGGUAUUCGACCACUCGUGGAGUUCAUAAGCGCUCCCAUGUGGGGUGGAAUUGCGGAUCGAUUCAAAAAAGGCAAACUGAUCCUGCUGGGAUCUCUCGCCUGUUGGAUCGUAUUCACGCUCUCUUUAGCGUUCGUCCAACCCGCUGCGUCGUCUUGCAUCGACUACAACGACACACACCACGUGCUCUAUGCUCCCAACACUGGUGGAAGGGAUAAGAGGAGCGUGUCUUCGUUGAUGGAGUUUUUGUCCGAAGAUCAACUCGACAUGGUCCAGAAGAGAGCAAGGACAACUUCAACUCCACCUGUUUCUGGGAUAAGGCUUCGUAAUAAAGAAAAGCAACUUCCGCCUAACUACGUUGUAGGAAAGUCUCCGAACACCGUGGAGUACACGCUCAAUUACAACCAGGAACAACACACGUCUUACAUAUCGCCACCAUUUAGUUCAAUUGUGUACAAGUACGAGGAUGUGCAGUCUGUAUUUUUCCUCCUUCUGCUGCUUGUGGUGCUUGGAGAGUAUUUCAGUGCUCCCGCUAUAACUCUUGCCGAUUCGGCGACAUUGUCCUACUUAGGUGAGGACACCGACAACUAUGGUCGACAACGUAUGUUCGGUUCUCUUGGGUGGGGACUUGCCAUGUUCUUCGUCGGUAUUGCGCUGGAUCAUUCGACAUCAUUUCCGAACCACCCUUGUGGGCCGUACGAGAAUGAACGCAACUACACCAUCUGUUUCGCUACAUUUUCCGUGUUAAUGGGCUGUGCUUUCAUAUCGGCGACGCAGCUCAAAUUUGAGUACGUACCAGGGCCCGAAGAUAAUAUUGUGAUGAAGCCCGUAGUGAUGAACAGCGAUGCCAGUAAGCCUAUUACCAUCGAGGACAUCGCACCGGGGAUACCCGCUGCAAGACAGCCAGAGAAAGAAGAAAAGGUUCCAGAAACGGCAAAGAGCACUGUGUUUGCACAGACAACCCGAAAGCUUCCAGAGUGGUUCGCCGUCUUGCGUACAUUUGCGAACCUUCGCUACGGAGCGUUCCUGUACGUCACCUGGUUCAUGGGUUUUGGAAUCGGACUGGUAUUCACCUUCCUCUUCUGGCACCUGCAGGACCUAGGAGGAACGCCGACGCUCUUCGGCGUCGCUUCCGUCAUCAAUCACGUCUCGGAAAUAUUCGCCUACUUUUUCAGCUUUCGCUUCAUUCGGCAGAUAGGUCAUGUCAAGGUGCUCUGUAUUGGACUCUUUGGUAAUGUCUGCCGCUUCCUCUAUAUCUCUUGGUUGAAAAAUCCCUGGUGGGUUCUGCCCUUUGAAUUCAUUCAAGGAGUGACACAUGCCGCUGUGUGGGCUGCCUGCUGCUCCUACAUAACUCAGGCGACCCCCUCCAACCUGCGCUCUUCGGCACAAGGUGUCCUCCAGGGGCUCCAUCAUGGCCUGGGCAGAGGAUGCGGAGCGGUCAUUGGAGGAAUUUUUGUCAACUAUUUCGGAACGCAAAUAACGUUCCGUGGCUACGGGUUCGCCUGCCUCAUCGUACUAGGAGCCUUCGUAUUUAUCAACUACUACCGGAAAGACCGCGGGUUCUCAGCAUUCCGGGACGAAGAGGAGCCAGGACUGGUCGUUGAGGAAACAGCACACUUGGCGCCCCACGGUGUACCAGCGAAUCCAAUGGCGCGCUCCCUUUCCAAGCAGAACCUCACUACAGAGACACCUCCUAGUCAGACUCAGAGCCAGGGGACUCAGGGAUCCACGGGUUACCUCAACAUUCCUGGGGGUGGACAAACCCAGCAAGGAUACGGCUCGACCUAUUCCGACGUAACGCAUCAGGCUGCCAUGUCUCCAGAAGCACCUACAAGGAACGCGCGGUUAGGACGAAGUUCACUCGCUGCUGCCUUCAACCCGAAAGGCAUUAUGGCUCAGUCAGUCAGCCCAGAAGCAGCUUAUAGCUACGAUUACAUCAAGAGAGACUUUGAGGCAUACAAGGACAUAACUUCCUUCCGGGAAUGCGCACUAGAUAUCACUAAUGCUGAAAAACUGCUGACAGCACCGUGCCCGAAGACUUCCACUUUUGCUCCGCAGCCGGACCGCAAAAAUACAGCUGUUGCGUACGCGUGGUAAAUGAACGUUUACAUGCGACUAGGGCUGAGGGUAUCCAGGGCACCUUGGCGGUGAAAGUGUGGCUUUCGCGAGAUUGUUACUUUACUUGGUCUCCAGACAAAAACAGUACUUUUUGUGCAACUGCAGUUGAACAUGCUUUGCGCACCAUGGAUCUGUACCCUUAUGCAAAGCAGACUACCUAGUUUCAAGCAAAGUACUUAAAUAGAACCGUAUUUGGCGAAGUCGUGCUUCUGAGGACAACAUAAAGGGGAAGAAAGUCAGGGAAGAAAAGACAAAGAGUAUACCCUAUAGUUCUGUGCAUUCUAGCACACAGGUUGAGCCGCGAAACGGGUGGACUGCUAUCAUAUCAGACUGCAUAUCAGACUGCAUAUCAGACUGCUGAUAUACAAAAGUCCAAAAGUCUACAACAAAAACAACACUUUAUUUUGAUGAUGAUGAGCGGGGUGUUUCAUCGGAACAUGCUGCGCUCUACCCCAUUUCUCAUUCAAAGUCACACUCAAUGUUACCAUUUUAUGUACGUGUUGUCGAUGAGCAGUAAUCAGCUGGCACAUCAAAUUGCAUCCAUCCUUGUGAAAAAAGUCUAGGGGCAGCUGUAUUGGCGAAGGUAAGCUAGAGUCGACUUAUGUUACCAAUUAAUCGAUAAGACUUGAUUACGGUACAAGGCUGCGGGCACGCAAGAGGGUGGGGCAGCCGGGGAUGGCGCCCCGUAGCCUGGGCCACUUCAGGGGUUCGCACGACCCAAGGGCUGUCGUAAUCAUAUAAAGAAAAAAUACUUGGACUGUGUUAGCAAGGCGUGAGGAGGGGGCCGGACAUGACCCAUCCACGGGACCCGUCAUUUCUCUGCGGCAGUGCCUGCGGGCGAAUAUUUGCGAAGGUUUCAAAUUUUUUUCAUGUGUGAAUGAUAACAAAAAAUACUGACGCCCACCUUGGGCGUGUAGUGAAAUGAUAUCUCGUGAACAUAUCACAAAAAGUACGCCUCUACAUACUAUGGGAGGGGGGAUAUGUUUAAUGCAAAUAAAAUAAAAAAACACUGCGAUUUGUAGUAGAAAGGGGCAAUUUUAAAAUGUGCAGUGGGGGCACUACUAGCUUCUCAAACGCGACCCAUGUGGACAAUAUUUUUUGUGCAAGUUCCGUUUUGCAUUUGGUGGGUGCAUGGGCGAAGGUAAGGAACUGGGAUAUGCCUUGAAAUAUGUGUCUCUUCUGUGCAUUUUGUGCAUCAGUAAGGUAAACUGACGCAUGUUCCUAGAAAUCCGUUACUCUCAUUGUGAAAAAACAAAAAAAUUGAAAGAGAGAAAGAGAACGAAAGAACGUGUCAUAGGGACUCCCCGUCCGAUUUCAUAUUCACUACCACAGGAAGUAUUACGUUACGCAAAGAAAGCAUAUCUCUGGCGCCAUCAAAGUUCUUUGGUGCGUCCUUCCGUAGCGUGUACUCAGGUUGGCGCUAAAAUGCAUUGCGAUCAAUAUCCGUGUCUGCCAAAGCUGCUGUGUUUAACACCUUGUUUCUGCGAUGUACAUUGGAAUCUCUUUGCGAUGACGGCAGCACCUCUUUGAACUUCAGGAGAGCAGAACAAGGGCAAAAUGGACCAAGAAGCUGCGAAGACGGCGCCGUUUCUUCGUCCAUAUCAUCCUUGUUCUGAACUCCUCAAACUCAAGAAAAUGCUAUCGUUGACGCAAUUACACCAGCUAUCUUGUAUGCUGAUACCAUGUUCUGCGGAAUAUUUUUGUAGUGCGCAACGGUAAAAAUUCACUCUAAGACUGCAUUAUUGUCGCAAAACUCGGUUAACUGCAGUUACCAAAAACAUAUGUGCUGUGCGGAACAACACCUGCUUGCUGUGCUGAUAUGUGUUGAAGCCUUAUGUGUGAACUAUGAUUGAACAUAAAAUUACCCCUGUUAUGCGGAUA